CCGGCGCUGGGGCCGCCUGCGACCCUCGCGCACAUUUGGGAGGGGCAUCCGCCAAAUGGGGCGAGGGGACGCGCAACCGCGGGCACCGGGGGGUUCCCUGAUGCCAGGGCCCGCGGCGCUAAGCGCGGCGGCGGCGGCGGCACUGAUGGCCGCCUUGUUCCUGCUGUGGCUUGAGGACGCGGGGCCAGGGGCCGGCUCCAGCAUGGCCAAGACUGAGGCGCUGGCGAAGCUUCGGGAAGACUUCAGGAUGCAGAAUAAAUCUGUCUUUAUUCUGGGUGCCAGCGGGGAAACCGGCAAAGUGCUCUUAAAAGAAAUCUUGGAACAGAACCUGUUUUCCAAAGUCACGCUCAUUGGCCGGAGAAAGCUCAGCUUCGAUGAGGAAGCUUAUAAAAACGUGAAUCAAGAAGUGGUGGACUUUGAAAAGUUGGAUGACUACGCUUCUGCCUUUCAAGGUCAUGAUGUUGGAUUCUGUUGCUUGGGCACCACUAGAAAAAAAGCCGGGGCGGAAGGAUUUGUUCGCGUCGAUCGAGAUUAUGUCCUCAAGUGUGCGGAGCUGGCAAAAGCUGGAGGCUGCAAACAUUUUAACUUGCUGUCUUCUAAAGGAGCAGAUAAGUCAAGCAAUUUUUUAUAUCUGCAAGUUAAGGGAGAAGUGGAAGCUAGGGUAGAAGAAUUAGAAUUCGAACGGUACUCUGUGUUUAGGCCCGGAGUUCUAUUGUGUGAUAGGCAAGAAUCUCGUCCAGGUGAAUGGUUGGUUAGGAAGUUCUUUGGCUCCUUACCAGAAUCUUGGGCCAGUGGGCACUCUGUGCCGGUGACGACUGUGGUCAGGGCAAUGCUCAACAACGCAGUGAGCCCAAGUGGCAAGAAGAAGGAACUGCUGGAAAAUAAGGCCAUCCAAGACCUGGGAAAAGCCGAUUAACUCUCUCAAGCCAUGACCACACUGGAGAAAUGCUUCCCUCUGUAAAACUCGGCGCUCACUACCUAAUUGUUACUUUCAGGGUCUAAAAAAAGUCAGUGCAUUUUAGCUGUGGUUUCACUAUUCUCAGCUGCCCAGAUCCAAUAAAAAAUUAUUGUGUUCUGCAUCAGCAGUGCAGAGCCUGCUUGUACGUAUAUAUUCAUCACCCAGGGAGCUUUUCAAAAAUAGAUUCAUAGGCUCUACCUCAAACUCUGAAUCAGAAUCUUCAGGGGUGAGCACAGGAAUCUGUUGUUUUGUUCAAGCUUCCUAUAGUGAUUGUGGUGCCACUGGUGGGGUGGCCUGCUUUGAAAGGCUUGUCUGCAGUGGUAGCAGCGGUACAAACCUUUUGUAUUUUGCAGAUGAGUUCUGUUCUAAAAUUGUCAUUUGUGUUCCUUAGUUACCUGGUGCUGACUGCCGUGUUUGUGUGAAUGAACAUUGUGCCUUACUACUUCUUUAGAAUAUGUAAUAAAAGUUAUUAUAUAACUGG